AUGGCCGUUCAGAAAGAACUUGACUUAAAUAAACCUUUAGACUCCAAUGCUGCUCCAAAUUUAGGUAAAACAAUAUUGACUCCAGAAUUAUCUAAAUCUGCCAUUGUUUUACACGGUGAUCGUUAUAAACAAUUACAAGCAAAAUUAACCAAAUACGUAUUAUGGCAUCCAUAUGCUAUGUUGGCUAUGACUACUGUGGUACCAAUUAUUUUUUUUUAUUCCGUAUGGGAUUACGUUAGUAUUAGUGAAAAUUUACUUGAAUUCUAUCAUUUGGUCAAGAAGGAUAAGAAAGAUUUUAUAUUUUCCAUCUUGAGUGCGUUCCCACUUUUUGCUAGUAUUUUUGGAAUUUUUGGAUUUUUAGCUUACAUUGUUGGUGAAGAUAUGGGGAUUGCUAGUAAGAAUUUUGCUCAGAAAUAUUGUGAUUAUGUUUUUGGCUUUAAUAUUAGAGCUUUUGCUAAGAAUGAUAACAAUGAAGAUAAGAAAUUAGCUAAAUUGGGUCAAAAUACAGAAUUGAUAAUUUAUCGUGAAUCUCCAAUAGCUGUUGGUAGUUUAGUUGUUGAUGAAGAUCAAUCUACUGUAGAAAAUUUUGUUGUUAAAAUCACUGGAGUUCAUGUUAGAAAAGUUUUCCAAAAAGUUGAUUUUGAUGAAGUUUUAAUUGAAUGGGCUAUUCUUAGAACAAGAGAAUUGUAUCAAGAAUUUUUAGUUUCUAAUGGGUUAAAGGCACCACCUGAAAAUAGUUCAAUUUUAAUUACUGCUGACACAUAUUCCUUUGAUCCAGAAUUUCAAAAGACCUUACAAGAAAAUGGAUUCAGACCUAUUGAUGUUUCUUUCCAAUUAAAUCCAUUUGAUCUGGCCGUUUAUGGAUUUAAAGAAAGAAUUUACAAGUUUUUAAAUGUUUGCAGAAUAACUUUUGGCUUAAUGUUGUCUGUUUCCAAAGAAGAUAUUGAUAUGAUUAAAGACAGUGCGUUAUCAAAUAAAGACUUAAAAGUCAGAAAGAGAAACUAA